CCACCCGGCCCAAGCUGAAGAAGAUGAAGAGCCAGACAGGAGAGGUGGGUGAGAAGCAGUCGCUGAAGUGCGAGGCAGCAGCGGGGAAUCCCCAGCCCUCCUACCGCUGGUUCAAAGAUGGCAAAGAGCUCAACCGGAGUCGUGAUAUCCGUAUCAAGUACGGCAAUGGCAGAAAAAACUCACGACUCCAGUUCAACAAAGUGAAGGUGGAAGAUGCUGGGGAGUAUGUCUGCGAAGCCGAGAACAUCCUUGGGAAGGACACCGUGAGGGGCCGGCUCCAUGUUAACAGUGUGAGCACCACUCUGUCAUCAUGGUCGGGGCACGCCCGGAAGUGCAACGAGACAGCCAAGUCCUACUGUGUGAAUGGAGGCGUGUGCUACUACAUCGAGGGCAUCAACCAGCUCUCCUGCAAAUGUCCAAACGGAUUCUUCGGACAGAGAUGUUUGGAGAAACUGCCUUUGCGAUUGUACAUGCCAGAUCCUAAGCAAAAGGCUGAGGAGCUGCACCAGAAGAGAGUCCUGACAAUUACUGGCAUCUGUGUGGCUCUGCUGGUCGUGGGCAUCGUCUGUGUGGUCGCCUACUGCAAGACCAAAAAACAGCGAAGGCAGAUGCAUAACCAUCUCCGGCAGAACAUGUGUCCGGCCCACCAGAACCGGAGCCUGGCCAAUGGGCCCAGCCACCCUCGGCUGGACCCUGAGGAGAUCCAGAUGGCAGAUUAUAUCUCCAAAAAUGUGCCAGCCACAGACCACGUGAUCCGGAGGGAAACUGAGACUACAUUCUCUGGGAGCCACUCCUGUUCACCUUCUCACCACUGCUCCACAGCCACCCCCACCUCCAGUCACAGACAUGAGAGCCACACGUGGAGCCUGGAACGUUCAGAGAGCCUGACCUCGGAUUCCCAGUCAGGCAUCAUGCUGUCCUCAGUGGGCACCAGCAAGUGCAACAGCCCAGCAUGUGUGGAGGCUCGGGCACGGAGGGCAGCAGCCUACAGCCAGGAGGAGCGGCGCAGGGCUGCCAUGCCACCCUACCAUGACUCCAUAGACUCCCUGCGUGACUCUCCACACAGUGAGAG